CUUGUACAAUUAAAGAGGUCAAGGAGGGCGUCGUCGUCAUCAUGCCCCUUUCUUUUCUCUGUUGUAGCCCCCGUUUUAGCUGCGAUACUCCUUUGCCACCUCGACUCCUUCGACCCAGCUCCUUUCCCUCACCAGGACUUCACUCACCCGGACCCAUCCUUGAAGAAUGGUCACCUCCUUCAAGGAUCAGAAUUUCUGGGCGUCGGCCAAUUGACAGCACCAGAAGAUACUGCGUAUGACAGCAAAGUUCUGCUUUCUCAUCUCUACUUUGCAAAUGGACUUGCAAUUUCUCCUGAUCAACAAUCUCUAAUCUACUGUGAAACCCCUUUGAGCAAGUGUAAAAGAUAUUACAUAAAAGAAAAUAAAAAGGGGAACAUAGAAAAUUUUGUAGAUAUCCCUGGAUUGCCUGAUAACAUCCAUUAUGAUGGAGAUGGUCACUUUUGGAUUGCAUCAAUCUCGGAAAUUACACAAUUCUGGAAGCUAGCAUUCAAGUAUCCUGUAGUCCGAAAGUUUGCAGCAAUUGCAUUGAAGUACAUGGGAAAAAGGCCAACAAAGAAGAAUGCUGGUGUAUUUACGGUGAAUUUGGAGGGGAAAUUAAUUUCACAUUACCAUGAUCCAGAUUUAAUGCUGAUUUCAAGUGGAGUGAAGAUCGGAACUCAUCUAUACUGUGGUUCUACCAUCUAUCCUCACAUUAUACGCCUGAAUCUGGCAAAGCAUCCUCCGCAUCCCACCACUUGAACUACUGCAACUCAAGUAAUCCUCCAAAUGCUCAAGAAAUUUCCAAUGUUUACCUUUUUUUAACACGUGUUCUUGUUAAUUUCGUUCAUGCUUUUAUUUUCCAACAUAACAUGGAUGUUUAAAUACCAAUUUUCUUUUCUCAA